AAAUCUUAUAUUUACGAAUUUGACUUAUUAUCAGUGCUCUUCCACGUUUUUCACAUUUUUUUUGGAGCAAAAAGUGCAGGUCACAAUUAACCAAAAAUAAAUAAAUAAAAAUGACAACCCCAGUAGUAAUUGCUGCUACUAGUCGUCACACUGCAACGUUAAUUUUUUUUCAUGGCCUUGGUGAUACUGGGCAUGGAUGGGCCAGUUCCAUGGGUGCUAUCAAAGCAUCGCAUAUGAAAGUAAUCUGUCCAACUGCUCCUACAAUGCCAGUUACACUUAACGGAGGCUUUAGAAUGCCGUCUUGGUUUGAUUUGCGUUCUCUGGAUGCUAAUGGACCAGAAGAUGAGGAAGGUAUCCGCAGAGCCGCGGACAUGGUUCACGGAAUGAUUGCUGAAGAAGUUGCUGCUGGUAUUCCAACAAAACGUAUUGUUCUUGGUGGUUUUAGUCAAGGUGGAGCUUUGGCACUUUAUAGUGCUCUCACUUUUCCUGAACCUCUGGCUGGUGUUAUGGCACUGUCUGCUUGGCUUCCUUUACAUCAAAAGUUUCCUGCAAGUGCUGUGGGAAAUAAAAAUAUACCAGUAUUACAAUGUCAUGGUGAUUGUGAUCCAAUUGUUCCUUACAAAUGGGGACAAAUGACAGCGUCGCUUCUUAAACAAUUUAUGACGCAAGUGGAAUUCAAAACAUAUCGAGGAAUGAUGCAUUCAUCUUGUGAUGAGGAAAUGCAAGACAUGAAAUCUUUCAUUGAAAAAGUUGUGAAGCCGUAAUGUAAAUAAUUAUUUAUUUAUUUAAAAUAUGAUUUACUCGUUGCUUGGAAUAUCAGCAGUCUUUAAAUUGAUAUUAAAUUAAUAUUUAAGAAAAGAUUAUUAUUAUUAUGACAACUAUUGAAAUAGCGUCAAGUUAAAGAUAAAUUGGCAGUAAAUUUAAAAUACUCAAACUCUAAGUGAAUAAAAUAUUUAAAAAUAACAUUCCUUUAGGCCAGUGUACAAUCGACUUAACAAAAUAAUUUAAAAAUUACUAAUCAACUAUGUCCUUGUAUGCAACAAAGGCUUACUAAAAUUAAUAAAUUUCGUGUGAUCAUGUUAAUUAUAAUAAAAAAAUAUGAAUUAUAAUAAUGGUAGUAAUUAUACAUAGACUUUGACGCAUUUGUUAUUAUUACUGUGAUUGCGACGAAUUUUAACGCUUCGAUAAUCAAUUAUUUAUUAGAACUUGCUCCAAUGAUUGAUCUUUGUCAUCAAUUUAUUUAUUAUUAUCUUCCGGAAAAUUGUAAUAUAAAAAAACUGAGAAAUCAUUUUUUUUUCGACCAAUGUACUGAAGUUUCAGUUUGCGUUUAAACUUCCUAGUUUUUAAAUUUUCUUUAGCUAUUAAAAACAUCAUUAUGAUAAAUUUAUACUUUAUUUUGCCGCUAGAUUCUAACAUAGAUAUAAAAGAAAUAUUUCUUAAAAUAAAAUAGAUAAA